AUGAAGGGCUUCACGUACCUGAUUUAUGCUCUCCUCACUUUCGUUUCCUUCUCCUCAGCCCACCCCGGCAUGGGCGACACCAUGGCAGCAAUGCGUCGCGAAGCCAACAAAGUCAAGCGCGUCGAGUCAAAGGUGCUCAUCGGCGACCUCAAAACCCUCAAGGACACCCAACUCACUCCAAUUGGCAAAGACAUCAAAGCUAUUCUGCUCGACCAGCUCGAUGCUGAAUCAAACAUCAUUGACACUUCCAUCCCCGCCGGCUCUCUUGGCAGCGCAGCAUGCAAAGCAGAUCUGUGCUGCGUCUGGAAGUGGAUUAGCUACGAGAUGACUGCGAAGUUUAACGGCACAUCCGGGCGCUGCAACAAAUUUGCACGUCAAGCUGUCCGUCUCGGCUUCCACGAUGCGGGCGUCUGGUCCAACACAUCCACUUACGGCGGCGCAGACGGCUCCAUUCUCCUCAGUGAUGAAAUGACGCGCGCAGACAACAACGGCCUCUCCGCCAUUGCUGACCAGAUGAAAGCUUGGUACAACAAGUACUCGCCCUACGGCGUCAGCAUGGCUGACCUGAUCCAAAUGGGCGCCAACGUCGCUACCGUUGCAUGUCCCCUGGGUCCACGCAUACGGUCCUUUGUCGGGCGCAAAGACAACAGCAAAGCCGGACCUGCAAGCUUGCUGCCAGGACAUCUCGACUCCGCGGAUACGCUGAUCAAGCUCUUCGCUGCAAAGACAAUCGAUGCACAUGACCUCGUUGCUCUCGUUGGCGCACAUACGACGAGCCAGCAGCAUUUCGUCAACACCGGGCGCGACGGUGAUCCGCAAGACUCCACGCCGGGCGUCUGGGACGUCAAAUUUUACCCCGAGACGACUGGCAACGCGGCUCCAAGAGUGUUGAAGUUCCAGUCCGAUAUCAAUCUCAGUAAGGAUCCGCGGAGUGCGGGCGAGUGGCAGGAGUUCAGCAACCCGAGCAAUGGGCAGGACCACUGGAACGAGGAUUACGCCAAGGCAUACACGAGGUUGAGUCUGCUUGGUGUUAAUAAUAUCAAUGACCUGAAGGAGUGCACGAAGGUACUUCCGCCGCACAGGAGCAGCUAUGUCGCGGAGGAUCAGGUUAUCCUGGAUAUGUGGCUGCAGGGGCAGUUCAACCAGCUGAACAGUCUUGUGGACGAUGCGAUUAUGUUGACCGGGUUUGGUGGUGGAGGGAGCGGGACUAUUAUCACACCUUGA